AUUGUCUAGAUCUUUCAUGUUGUUUUAGUUGGUUCAAUUUUUCGAAAAGGCCUUACACUAGCUAGCUUACAAAUAAAUAAAUAAAUUCAGAAUGCAUCAAAGAAUUGUUCAACAUGUUUUAUUGGUCCUAUGUUUUCUUCUGAGGUAUAAUGGGGUACAAGGAGAUAAAAACCUAUCCAGUUUUGAAGACAUGAAGUUAGAGAAACAAUUAAAACUUCUGAACAAGCCAGCAAUCAAAACAAUUAAGACUAGUUAUGGAGAUAUAUACGAUUGCAUAGAUUUUUACAAGCAACCUGCAUUUGAUCAUCCAUUGUUGAAGGACCAUAAUUUUUAUCCUAAAAUGAAAGCUAAUUUAUUAAGGAUAAAUCAAAAUUCAAGUGCCUCAACCUCUAGUAAGUCAUUGACACUACGGUCAAAAGACGGAGGAUGCCCUUCUGAAACUGUUCCUAUUAAGAGAAUUACAAAGGAUGAUCUUAUAAGACAUAGACGCAUGCCACCACCAGAAAGUGUCACAUUCGACACUCUUGACACCAACAACAAUAAUAGUGAACAAAAAGGAAGAUACAUAUCUUCACAAGGAUAUAAGGUAGCAAUAGCUCAGACUCCAAGUAAUCCAUUUAUUAGAUUUGGGGGAGCCGGGAUGAUAGCUAGUAUAUACAAUCCUCAUGUUAAAGAUCAACAGCAUAGUGCUUGUCGACUAAAAAUUGAAACUGGAUCAGAUAUCAUACAAGUUGGUUGGAGAGUGGAUCCAGUAUUAUAUGGGGAUACCAAAACAAGACUAUUCAUACAUUUUCAGGCAGGUGAAAUUCAUUGCUUUAAUACACUAUGUCCUGGCUUUAUACUAGUAAAUAGUGAAAUACCUGUUGAUGUAUCAUACGAUGGUCAUAUUUCACAACGUGGAGGGAAAAUAUGGGAGGACACAAUGUACAUCGAACGGGAUAUAGUCAAUGGAAAUUGGUGGCUUUUAAUGGAAGAUGACUAUAGACAAAUUGGCUUUUGGCCGCAACAGAUCUUCACUGACCUAGCAGGUUUUGCUACAACGGUUAGUUGGGGAGGAGUGACAUAUAGUCCACAAAAUGUAGCUGAACCUCCAAUGGGCUCAAGCUUUUUUCCUGUUCGAAACUCACGUUAUGAUGCUUAUUGUAAGAAAAUUGCAACAUUAAACGUGAGAGGACAAACAAUUGCAGUACAUAAAACAAUCACACAUGUCGACAACCCUAAUAUGUACAAGGUUAUAUUUAAGCCUCUACGGUUUCGUUCAAAGUCUUCCUUCUUUGUUCUGUAUGGAGGACCUGGUGAGAGUGCACAAGUCUAAGUCUUGUAAUUA